CUGGACCGCACCCCGGCUGGAGCUGGCGGCCACUCGCCGAGUAAAAUUACGCAAACCAGUCAGCAGUCUGAGGAAAAGGGAGGGCAGAAGGAAGAGGGGCAGAGAAAAAAGCGAUAGAAAGAGCGAGUGAAGCGGAGAAAGAGAGGGAGGAAGCGAGCGCUGUAGUUUAGCCUCAACUCCACAGAGCUGCUGUCGAUAGAAGAGACCCACGGAGACGCAGAAAGAGCCGCACGACUGUCGUUUUCCACCCCUCGACGGCGACCUGCACACAAAUAGCAGCCACCAUGUCAGCCGCUGACAAGUUCCUGUACGUGGACCGUAACAUGGUCAACAAUCCCCUGGCCCAGGCGGACUGGGCGUCCAAGAAGCUGGUAUGGGUGCCUUCAGAGCGACUGGGCUUCGAGCCGGGCUCUGUGAAGGAGGAGCGUGGAGAUGAGUGUGUGGUGGAGCUGGUGGACUCUGGGAAGAAGGUCCGUGUAAACAAGGACGACAUCCAGAAGAUGAACCCGCCCAAGUUCAGCAAAGUGGAGGACAUGGCCGAGCUGACGUGUCUGAACGAAGCAUCUGUGCUGCACAACCUGAAGGAGCGCUACUACUCAGGGCUCAUUUAUACUUACUCGGGUCUCUUUUGUGUCGUCAUAAAUCCCUACAAGAACCUGCCCAUUUACUCAGAAGAAAUUGUGGACAUGUACAAGGGCAAAAAGAGACACGAAAUGCCCCCUCACAUCUACGCCAUCACUGACACAGCGUACAGAAGCAUGAUGCAGGAUCGGGAAGACCAGUCUAUUCUUUGCACAGGAGAGUCUGGUGCUGGAAAGACAGAAAAUACCAAGAAGGUGAUCCAAUAUCUGGCUCAUGUAGCCUCUUCUCACAAGACCAAGAAAGACCAGAGCAGCUCGGUCCUGUCACAUGGUGAGCUGGAGAAGCAGCUGCUGCAAGCUAACCCCAUUCUGGAAGCCUUUGGAAAUGCAAAAACUGUCAAAAACGACAACUCCUCUCGAUUUGGAAAAUUCAUCAGAAUCAACUUUGACGUCAACGGUUACAUUGUGGGUGCCAACAUUGAAACCUAUCUGUUGGAAAAAUCCCGAGCUAUUCGCCAGGCAAAAGAUGAGAGAACUUUCCACAUCUUUUACUACAUGCUAACGGGAGCUGGAGACAAACUGCGCCAUGAUCUCCUUCUGGAAAACUACAACAACUACCGUUUCCUCUCCAAUGGCAACGUGACCAUUCCUGGGCAGCAGGACAAGGACCUCUUUGUGGAGACCAUGGAGGCUUUUAGAAUCAUGGGCAUCCCAGAGGAGGAGCAGAUCGGCAUGUUGAAGGUGGUGGCUGCUGUGCUGCAGCUUGGAAACAUGAACUUCAAGAAGGAGCGUCACACAGACCAGGCAUCCAUGCCUGAUAAUACAGCUGCCCAGAAGGUCUGCCAUCUCAUGGGUAUGAACGUGACUGAUUUCACCCGGGCCAUCCUCACUCCCAGGAUCAAAGUGGGCCGGGACUACGUGCAGAAGGCGCAGACUCAGGAGCAGGCAGAGUUUGCUGUGGAGGCUCUAGCCAAAGCCACCUAUGAGAGGAUGUUCCGCUGGCUUGUCAUGAGGAUCAAUAAAGCACUGGACAAGACCAAGAGACAAGGUGCCUCUUUUAUUGGCAUCCUGGACAUCGCUGGGUUUGAGAUCUUUGAGCUGAACUCCUUUGAGCAGCUUUGUAUCAACUACACCAAUGAGAAGCUGCAGCAGCUCUUCAACCACACCAUGUUCAUCCUGGAGCAGGAGGAGUACCAGCGUGAGGGCAUCGAGUGGAGCUUUAUUGACUUUGGCCUGGACCUGCAGCCCUGCAUUGACCUCAUCGAGAAGCCUGCUAGCCCACCUGGUAUCCUGGCUCUUUUGGAUGAGGAGUGCUGGUUCCCCAAAGCUACAGACAAGAGCUUUGUAGAGAAGGUCCUUCAGGAACAAGGCACACACCCCAAGUUCUUCAAACCCAAGAAACUGAAGGACGAGGCUGACUUCUGUAUCAUCCAUUAUGCUGGAAAGGUGGACUACAAAGCAGAUGAGUGGCUGAUGAAGAACAUGGACCCACUGAAUGACAAUGUGGCUACACUGCUGAACCAGUCUACUGACAGAUUUGUGGCAGAGUUGUGGAAAGAUGUGGAUCGCAUUGUUGGAUUGGAUAAAGUGUCCGGCAUGUCCGAGAUGCCCGGUGCCUUCAAGACUCGCAAGGGAAUGUUUCGCACUGUGGGCCAGCUGUACAAAGAGCAGCUGUCCAAACUCAUGGCCACUCUGAGGAACACCAACCCCAACUUUGUCCGCUGCAUCAUUCCGAACCAUGAGAAAAAGGCUGGUAAACUAGACCCCCACCUUGUCCUGGACCAACUGAGGUGUAAUGGUGUGUUAGAAGGUAUUCGUAUCUGCAGACAGGGUUUCCCCAACCGCAUCGUCUUCCAGGAGUUUAGACAGAGGUAUGAGAUCCUCACUCCCAAUGCUAUUCCCAAGGGCUUCAUGGAUGGAAAGCAGGCCUGUGUGCUCAUGAUCAAAAGCCUGGAGCUGGACCCAAACUUGUACCGUAUCGGUCAAAGCAAAGUGUUCUUCAGAGCUGGAGUUCUGGCUCACCUGGAAGAGGAGAGGGACAUGAAAAUCACAGACAUCAUCAUCAGCUUCCAAGCUUGGUGCAGGGGUUAUGUGGCCCGCAAGGCCUUUGCCAAGAGACAGCAGCAGCUUACUGCAAUGAAAGUCAUCCAGAGGAACUGCGCUGCUUACCUCAAACUAAGGAACUGGCAGUGGUGGAGGCUCUUCACUAAAGUGAAACCUCUGCUCCAAGUGAGUCGACAGGAGGAGGAGAUGCAAGCUAAAGAUGAAGAGCUGCAUAAGGUUAAGGAGAAGUUUGUCUAUGCAGAGCAGCAACUGAAAGAGAUGGAGGACAAGCAGAGGCAGAUAAAUGCUGAGAAAAUGGCUCUUCAAGAGCAGCUUCAGGCAGAAACAGAGCUGUGUGCUGAAGCAGAGGAGAUGAGAGCCCGACUGGCUGCAAAGAAACAGGAGUUGGAGGAGAUCCUUCAUGACCUGGAGGCCCGUGUGGAGGAGGAGGAGGAGAGGGCUUCUCAGUUGACAACAGAGAAGAAGAAAAUGCAGCAGAACAUUUCUGACUUGGAGCAGCAACUGGAUGAAGAGGAAGCAGCCAGACAGAAGCUGCAGCUGGAUAAAGUCACUCUGGAAGCCAAGAUGAAGAAGAUUGAAGAUGAUGUGAUGGUUCUAGAGGAUCAAAACACCAAACUUAACAAGGAGAAGAAAAUGCUCGAAGAGAGGAUCUCUGAGUUCACCACAAACCUGGCAGAAGAGGAGGAAAAGUCAAAGAGUCUUCAGAAACUCAAGACCAAACACGAGGCCAUGAUCACAGACUUGGAGGACCGCCUGCGCAGAGAAGAGAAGCAGCGCCAGGAGCUGGAGAAGAACAGACGUAAACUUGAGGGAGACUUUACUGAGGUCCACGACCAGAUUGCAGAACUGCAGGCCCAGAUCGCUGAGCUCAGGGCUCAACUGGCAAAGAAGGAGGAGGAACUGCAGGCUGCCCUUGCCAGGAUUGAAGAAGAGGCUGCUCAGAAAAACAUGGCCCAGAAAAAGAUCCGCGAACUGGAGGCUCAGCUGACAGAGCUGCAGGAGGAUCUGGAGCUGGAGAGACAGGCUCGGGCCAAAGCCGAAAAGCACCGCAGAGACCUGGGGGAGGAACUCGAGGCCCUCAAGACUGAACUAGAGGACACGCUGGACUCCACUGCAGCCCAACAAGAACUCAGGACCAAACGUGAGACUGAGGUGGCUCAACUAAAAAAGACCCUAGACGAGGAGGCAAAGGUUCAUGAACAACUGCUGGGCGAGAUGAGGCAAAAACAUGCUCAGGCCUUUGAUGAACUCAACGAGCAGCUUGAGCAAGCAAAGAGGAACAAAGUGUCUGUGGAGAAGGCCAAGCAGGCUCUAGAGUCUGAGAGGAAUGAACUUGCAAUCGAGCUGCAGACGCUGAUGCAGGGCAAAGGAGAAUCUGAGCACCGCAGGAAGAAGGCUGAGGCCCAAGUCCAAGAGCUGCAGCUCAAGUACACUGAGAGUGAGCGCAACCGAGUGGAGCUGGCUGAGAAAGUGGCCAAAAUGCAGGCAGAACUAGAUAAUGUCAACACUUUGCUGAGUGAUGUGGAGGGAAAGUCCAUAAAAGCGACCAAAGACUGCUCUGCUGUGGAGUCCCAGCUGCAGGAUGUCCAGGAAGUGCUUCAAGAGGAGACCCGUCAGAAGUUGUCCCUGGGCACUCGUCUGCGGCAACUGGAGGAGGAACAGAACAACCUGAAGGAACAGCUGGAGGAGGAAGAGGAGGCCAAGAAGAACGUGGAGAAGCAGCUGCUCACAGCUCAGGCCCAGCUUGCUGAUUUGAAGAAAAAGCUGGAGCAAGAUGCCAAUAGUCUGGAGUCUACUGAAGAGGCAAAGAAGAGGUACCAGAGGGACCUGGAGACCGCAAAUCAGCGCCUGGAAGAGAAAUGUGCUGCUUUUGAGAAACUGGACAAGACCAAAACUCGCCUUCAGCAAGAGCUGGAUGACAUGCUGGUGGACCAGGACCACCUGAGGCAGAUUGUCUCCAACCUGGAGAAGAAACAGAAGAAGUUCGACCAGAUGCUUGCAGAGGAGAAGAACAUCUCUGCCCGUUAUGCAGAAGAACGUGACCGUGCUGAGGCAGAGGCCCGUGAGAAGGAAACCAGAGCUCUGGCUUUAACUCGAGAUCUGGAGUCGUUGAUGGACCUGAAAGAAGAACUGGACCGCAGCAACAAACAGCUCAGAGCAGAGAUGGAGGAUCUAGUGUCCUCAAAGGAUGAUGUUGGCAAGAAUGUGCAUGAGCUGGAGAAGUCCAAGCGCACUCUGGAGCAGCAGCUGGAGGAGAUGAAGACUCAGCUGGAGGAGCUGGAGGAUGAGCUCCAGGCCACUGAGGACGCCAAACUGAGACUGGAGGUCAACAUGCAGGCCAUGAAGGCUCAGUAUGAGAGGGACUUGGCAGGACGUGAUGAGAUGGGAGAGGAGAAGAAGAGGGCUCUGGUCAAACAGGUGAGAGAGAUGGAACUGGAGCUGGAGGAUGAAAGGAAACAGCGCUCUGCAGCUGUGGCCGCUCGAAAAAAAAUGGAGCUGGAUCUAAAGGAGCUGGAGGCUGCCAUCGAAACGGCUAACAAGAACAGAGAUGAAGCCCUCAAACAGCUCAAGAAACUGCAGGCCCAAAUGAAAGAUCUGAUGAGGGAGCUGGAGGACACCCGCAUGUCCAGAGAGGAGAUCCUUGCCCAGAGCAAAGAGACUGAGAAGAAGCUGAAGAGCAUGGAGGCCGAGAUGAUCCAGAUGCAGGAGGAGCUGGCCUCUGCAGAAAGAGUGAAGAGGCAGGCCCAACAGGAAAGGGACGAGCUCCAGGAUGAAAUUAACAACCAGGCUGCUAAGAAUGCGCAGGCAGCCGAGGAGAGGAGGCGUCUGGAGGCUCGUAUCGCUCAGCUGGAGGAAGAGCUUGAGGAGGAGCAAUGCAACACCGAGCUGGUCAAUGACAGGCUCAAGAAAGCAAUGCUUCAGACUGAUCAGAUGAACGUGGAGUUGACAGCAGAGCGCAGCACUUGUCAGCGUGUGGAGGGGGCACGGGCCCAACUCGAACGCCAGAAUAAGGAGUUGAAAUUGAAACUUCAGGAGUUGGAGGGGACAGUCAAGUCAAAGUACAAGGCCAACAUGGCUGCUUUGGAGGCUAAGAUCGCCCAGCUAGAGGAGCAACUUGACAUCGAGACCAGAGAGAGGCAGGCAGCCACAAAGCUUGUGAGACGCACCGAGAAGAAGAUGAAGGAGGUGAUUCUGCAGGUGGAUGAUGAGAGGCGCAACUCGGAGCAGUACAAAGACCAGGCUGACAAGUUGAACUCUCGCAUGAAGCAGCUGAAGCGUCAGCUGGAAGAGGCCGAAGAGGAGGCCCAGAGAGCCAACGCCAACCGACGGAAACUGCAAAGGGAGCUUGAGGAUGCCACGGAGUCUGCAGACGCCAUGAACCGUGAGGUGACCAGCCUCAAAAACAAGCUUAGGCGUGGAGACCUUCCCACCUUUGGUGUGCGCCGUACUAUUCGCACUGGCAUAGAGAGUGAUGAGGAGAGCGAAGCUAAAAGCGAGACCCCUGAGCCCAAGCCUGAGUGAAACGGCGCCAUCUAUAAUCCACACAACUGAACUGCAUUAUAAAUGAACAUUACUGUACAAGCUCAUAAGAAAAGAAGAUAUCAUUAAACUAGUGUCUGGGAUCUUUCCCUGGAAAUCUAUACCUGUGAGCAUCUGUCACCUUAGACAAUCUAUGCAUACACCACACACUUUCAUUACAGAGACUCCAGCACACAGGGACAAUCAUUACACAACAUGAUACCAAUACUUCCAAGACUUUAGCUUGUCUAUUUGCUCGACUUUUCAUUUUCUGGGAAAAGUAAUUAUACUAUUUUUAUAAGGAACCUUGCAAUUAUGAGUAGUCUGAACUAUCUAUUUUUCUAAUUUGAAGAAGGUUAAAGAAAGAAGACAGAUUUCCUGGAAGGGGACCAAAGUAAUAUCUCAAAAUAGAUUUGUAUUUUAAAGUUUUUAUAAUGGUUAAAAAUGGAAGAGCUUUUUUUUCUUGCUCCUGCUCCUCGCCUCAGAUUAUUAUGAAGGUUUAUACGCUGAAAUGUAUUCUUAACUUAGCUGCACUCGCUUUUCAGCCUAUUAUAUGCACCUAUGGAAACAUUUUUGAGGCCGAAUGAAGACUGUUGACUGUGCUGAAUUUAAUAAUUUUGCACUGAGAUAAAAAAAAAAAAUCCAUCUAAACCACUGCCAUUUACAUGUUUCCUAUGUCAAUUCUCACUAUGGCCUUAACAUGUGGCUACAUUCCACUGGGCAGAAAUGUUUGGCUGUGUGUUUUUCUGGACAUGAAUUGAUUUGUAUGUUUAUCAGUGUUUAUUGUUUAGGUUAAAGGUUAAAGGUGAAUGGGAGGUGGUGGAGGGUAGACUCUGACUCACUGCACACUGUAUUCCCAGGGCACGCUUGGCGAGAAAUGCGAUUUUGUCAUAGGCCAAAGGCACAUUUAAAAUAACAUUCACUGUAAGACAUUUUUUUAUGAAGGGGAAAAACAAGCUGUAUCCCCAAGAUGCUUUUGGCUCACACUGCUGGGAAGUGAGAGGAAAUGUGUUAUUCAAAACAGCUCACUCUUUCGCACUUAAAGGAAUAUAUGGAAAAAUAUGCAUCUUCUCCUUUCUGUGUCUGUCUGCUCUUGGAAUCAAAAUCCUACUGUGUUAUAACGAUUAAAGAGGCUUUCGAAACUG